GACUAGCCAAACAUUGGACCUUAGAACAUUGAUCUGAUCAAAACCAURGCGCAAGAAAUGGAAAAACAGAAAGAUCCAGCUUGUAUUUUCGAAACGAUGGAAGAACUAGACGAAGAGGUGACUGCAACAGUCACUGGAAACAUUCCUUCUUGGUUGAAAGGAACAUUACUUAGAAAUGGUCCGGGAAAAUUCGAGUUUGGUGACUCCAAGUAUAAUCACUGGUUCGAUGGGCAAGCACUGUUGCAUCGUUUUGCAAUUGAACAAGGAAAAGUUAAAUACUACAAUAAAUUUGUUCGUGGGGAAACAUUCACCAUCAACACCCUGAAAAACCAGAUUUUGUUCACCGAGUUUGGAACUAACGGCCACCCAGAUCCAUGCAAGAAUAUAUUCCAGCGUUUUUUCUCGUAUUUUGGUCUUGGUGAAGAACCCAUGGUCACGGAUAACUGCCUUGUGAAUGUCGUUGAAGUCAAGGGUAAGAAGUAUGCCGUAUCAGAGCCUCCACAUAUGAUGGAGAUCCAUCCAAACACCUUGGAAGUCUUGAGCAAAGUUAACAUAACCAAAGAAUUCCCUUCAGGUGAUGUUAGAUUGGAUUCCUCUUUGGCUCACCCCCACAAUGAAAAGGAUGGAACAACUUACAACUUGGGGACCACACAAGGAUCAAGCCCCAAGUAUCAUGUGACUGUAAUCCCUCCAAAGGCCGUAGCAGAUGAACAACCUCUGGAAGGUGGAAAGAUUCUUUGUUCAGUACCCUCCCACAGUACCCAAGCUUACUUCCACAGUUUUGGAAUGACAGAAAACUAUCUGAUCCUCAUGGAGAACCCACUACUGAUGAGUGUUCCUAAGAUUCUAACACAUAAACUAUUUGGAUGGAGCAUUGCUGACUGCUUCUACUGGUAUCCUACACAACUUUCUCAUUUCCAUAUCAUAUCCAAAGAGACAGGAAAGCAAUUAGGCAUUUUCACUGCAGAACCAACCUUUACCUUUCAUCAUGUCAAUGCCUUUGAGACAGACUCUGAAAUCGUAGUUGAUUUGUGUGGUUAUGAUGAUGCAAACAUUAUUCAGCUGCUUUAUCUUCAUGAGCUGAGAGGAAAAGAAGGUUCAGGACCCAAGAAAACCUCUAUUCCUUCAGUCAGGCGCUAUCAGAUUCCCUUACCACUGCCAAAUAACCUUGAACCAGUACAGCUGCCAAAAAAUGCAGAAGGGCAAGACUUUGAAGUUCUUGGCCAGGCAAUGGAACUCCCACGUAUCAACUAUGACCUUUGCAAUGGAAAGCCAUAUGAAUAUAUCUAUGGUUUACAUUGCACAAAGAAAGCAGGAUUUCACGAUGCCUUGAUCAAACUGAAUGUGAAGACAAAAGAGGAAAUCAAGUGGAAAGAUCAUGGAGAAAAUCUACUAAGCUAUCCUUCCGAACCUGUGUUUGUACCACGACCAGGAAGCACUGAUGAAGAUGAUGGUGUCAUCCUGUCAGUUGUUAUUGAUGUAAGCAACCAGCAAACAUUUUUGUUGGUACUUGAUGGGAAAACCUUUAAAGAGGUUGGAAGAGCAGAAGUCCCCUUUAUCACUACUGCCACUAUACAUGGAGCAUUUGUUAAGAACUAAUGACAGAACUACUAGGGUUUUGAGUUCAGUAGUUGAUGUACAGCAGUACACACAAAUUUUGAACCUAGGGGGGAGGUGCUAGGGGUUGUACUGUGUAUCUAAGACUUGUAAUUGGAUCACUAGCUAGCUAUCAGUUUUUAAUACAAUUGUAUACCCUAGGUUGUCUAAGACCAAUAUCUAAUUCUCAAAAAUGAUACCUUAUCCAGCGAAACAUCCUAGUAUAGGAAUAGGUAAAAUCUUUGAUGGCAACAUCAACAAGAAGUGUAAAGAAUUUUUAUUUGGGAGGGUUCUCUUUAUUGRAGAAUUCAUUCAAAACAUUGUCAGUAAGAGUAAACUCAUCUACAGGAAAGACAGUAGACUUUGAGGGUCCGAAACCCUAAAUGGAGUUACACUUCCAGUUGAUGUCGCUGUCGCAGAUUUUGAAAAUCUUAAGGUCGCUAAUAUGGGAGCACCCCCUUACCCCUCCAGCUCCAGAAAUAUAUUACCAAUGAUACAUUCUAGCAGAUCUGAAAUAGUGAUGUGGCAAUAAUGAAAUGACUAUAAAACUGAGGUUUUUAACAUGAGGCUGUCAAAUUUUGACCAGGAGAAGAUAGAAAUGUACCCAUUUAUUGCAAAUUAGCAAAGCUAUUUUUUCAUUUGGUGGCCUUAGUACAAAUUCAUAAUUUCAAAAGCAAAAGUGUUAACUCAGUUUAAAUUUACUUGAUUUUGAGAUCAGCUAGCUGUUCUUAUAUAUAAUAUUUCUAGUUAACAUGACUGAAAUUGACUUUAUAAAAUUGAAUUAAAUUUAUUGAUUCCUUUACGAUAAAAAAAUGCUCACUUCCUGGUCAGACAUAUAUGUUAGCUGCAUGUAGUUCAUGCAAGCCCGAUAUACUGUCAUUUGACAACCUUCAAAAUUAAUAUUGAAAAAGUAGAUAAAUCCUUUCAGAAUAUUAUGAUAUUGAUAAUGGUUUGAGAAAUAACACAUGUUAGUAUAAUUUUAGACUUAGAUAGACUUAGAAUAUAGAGUUUCUCAAGCCGUGAUUGGUCAAGCAGCCAUGCAGUGAUUCUGAGAUGAUAAUCACUGCUGGAGUGGUGAUUAUGAGAUUUUGCAAAGUUUUCCAGAUCAGAAGUAAUGCUAAAACAUUUGUUAUCCUGAAUUUCUCUGAUAUUAAAAUCUAAAAUUAUACUAAAACAAUUAUUCCCCUCAGGCUCAGAGAUUAUGGUGUGAUAUUUACCUCGCCGCUCGAAGACUUGCAGCUGCUUGGUAAAUAUUCUACCAAUAAUCACUUUGCCCUUGGCAAAUAAUCAUCAAAUGAUAGUAACGUGAUAUAGCUAGAUGUUUUUGUUAUUAUCCUAUGCAGCCACUUGUGUCGUCAAGCAGUGCACACUAAUAGCAGCUGCAGAGGAGACUACAUGUUUCAUAUGCCAUAUGAAAUAUGCCAUAUAAUGUGAUUAAGCUUCAUAAUUUUUGUGAUUAUUUUAAUUAUACAUCUACUUGUAUUCCAUGAAA